UGAAGAUGGAAAUUCUCAUUUCAGAAAUACGAAAGCGAAGUGUUUUGUGGAAUAAAAGCCAUUGUCGCUACAAAGACAGGCGAAGUGCAGAAAAGGAAUGGAACGAAGUUGCUAAAAAUGUUGGGGUUCCAAAGCAAGAUGCUAAAAAGAAGUGGCGAAAUUUGCGAGACCAGUUCAGUAAGGAAUUAAAAAAAAUUCCAAAAGGCAAAUCGGGCGACACACAAGACCAAGCACUUAUAUAUACUGGGAGGUGGCGUUAUUUCAAAAGCCUGCUUUUCCUUAGAGAUACAAUUUUCCCAAGAGAAACAGCUAGAAAUUUGUCGGUGAUGCUUGAAGAUUCAACUACUGCAACUGAAGCAGAUAAUAAUGUGACAAAUGCUGAAAUAAACUCCGAACUAACUUUCGUUGAAACAUGCCCUUCAUUCAGGUCUUUGUCUGUUCGUCGAAAGAGAAAGGACAAUCAUCAAGAUGGAAAAGCCGUUGAGCUUAGGCUUUUAGAUAUCGAAACCAAAAAGCUAGCUUUACUCGAAGCAUCAGAAGAUGAAAAUUCACUCUUUUUGAGGUCGCUUCUUCCAUUCAUGAAAAAAUUGGAUCCGAUUCGUCAGCUUCGUGUAAGGUGUAAAUUCCAAGAUAUAUUGUUACAGGAAAUUGAAGCUGAAUGUACAUUUCAAAUUGUAAAUGAACAAAAAUAA